GGCUGGCGAAGAAACAACAGGCAGCUGGAGGAGGCAGCGCCCUCCCCCCUAUCACUUUUCCUUUUGUUCAUUUAUUCAGCAGAGCUGGGAGUCAAUCACAGCCUUUCCAGUGGCCUGUGAGCCCUCCUGUUUGAAGAACACUGGAUGGAUAAGAGCCAGUCAGUCUCUUGUGCUGGUUGUCCAGAAUUAAGGGCGUUUUAGUCUGGGGUCUGGUGGAGAUUCAUUCAGCUGACGGUGGCUCCUGCUGCCUGUGUAAAUGGUGGUUUUAUUUUUGCAGAAGCCAGCAUCGGACAGCUCCUGGAUUCUGGAUUCUGAAUGACUGGCAAACGUGCCGUGCUUCAUUCCUCCAAUCCUCAUUGGAAUGAAGAGGACGCAAGUGUGUCUGUGCGGCUCCAUGUGACUGGGUGCUGUCAGCUUUUCUCCGUUUCCCUGCAUCCUACGAGAGCAGCCGAAGGGAGAGGCAGAAGGGCUGCGGUAGAACAACAGCCCGGGGGCGGGCGUCAGCAAGAACACCAACAAUCAGUGUAGCACGACAAGCUGGAUGAAAGGAAAGAAACGGUCCUGUAAGGAUGAGGGGAGUGACGAGCGGGAGAGAUGUGUGAAGCAGCCGGUGCUAAUCCCCAGUCCUCCUAGAGAACGAGCUUUGUCUGCAAGAGAGAGACCCAGACGUUAUUGAAAUGAGCCUGCUGAAACCAAGUGGGCUGAAAGCCCCCGGACGGGUCAACAAGCAUUCCAGCCCAAUGGGCCGUGGUACUGCUGCAGCAGCCGGUCCCAAGGAAGGCUCCCCUUUGCACAAGCAGGCUUCUGCCCCCACAUCUGGCGACAGAUUGGCAUCAAAGAGCGCUGAGAUGGGAGAUGACUGCAUUGGGGAUUUUGCCAUUGGAGACCGUAUCUGGGUGAAUGGUGUGAAGCCUGGCAUCAUACAGUUCCUUGGGGAAACACAGUUUGCCCCUGGAAAAUGGGCCGGCGUUGUCCUCGAUGAACCUGUGGGAAAGAACGAUGGAUCGGUGGGGGGCGUACGGUACUUCGAAUGCGAACCUUUGCAAGGUAUUUUCACAAGACCCUCAAAACUGGCGCUGCACCCCUCAACUGAUGGCGCUGGAAGUGACGCGCUUUCUGGAGAGUCCAUAACGUUUCCAGUCCCAUCCUCUCAUCAUGGCACUGCCACCCCACCACUCUCCACUCAGCGCAUGAACUGUACGAUUCCUUUGAGGGAAAGCAUUUUGAACAGCUCCAUGAAGACUGGGAAUGAGUCGGGAUCGAACCUGUCCGACAGUGGAUCUGUAAAGAAAGGCGAUAAAGAGUUGAGAUGUGGGGACCGAGUUCUGGUGGGCGGAACCAAAACCGGAGUGGUGAAGUACGUGGGAGAGACAGAUUUCGCAAAGGGCGAAUGGUGUGGCGUUGAGCUGGAUGAACCCCUGGGUAAAAACGAUGGAGCUGUUGCUGGCACAAGAUACUUCCAAUGCCCACCCAAGUUCGGUCUAUUCGCUCCCAUUCACAAGGUUAUGCGGAUUGGCUUCCCUUCCACUACUCCAGCUAAGACCAAAAAGAGUAAGAGGAUGGCCAUGGGAGUCUCGGCCUUGACGCAGAGCCCUAGCAGCUCCUCCAUAAGUUCUGUCAGCUCUGUGGCAUCUUCAGUCGGAGGCAGACCAAGCAGGACGGGACUGCUGACGGAGACAUCCUCCCGCUAUGCCCGGAAGAUCUCUGGCACCACAGCCUUGCAGGAAGCUCUCAAGGAGAAGCAGCAGCACAUCGAGCAGCUGCUGGCGGAACGGGACCUGGAACGAGCGGAGGUUGCCAAGGCAACCAGCCACAUCUGUGAAGUGGAGAAGGAGCUGGCAAUGCUAAAGGCUACUCACGCACAGUAUGUGACAGAGGCUGAGGGGAAUCUUCAGGUUGUACGGUCCAUGCUGAACAACGCUGAAAAACAAAAACAGGAAUUGCUAAACACUCUGGAAGAGGAGAAAAGGAAAAUCGAGGAUCUCCAGUUCCGAGUGGAAGAAGAAUCAAUUACCAAAGGAGAUUUAGAGACUCAGACAAAGUUGGAGCAUGCCCGUAUUCGGGAGCUCGAACACAGCCUGCUGUUCGAAAGGACCAAAGCUGGAAAACUCCAAAAGGAGUUUGAAGACACUCGGCUUACAACAGUGGCUGAAAAAUCCAGGAUUGCACAGCUUGAAGAUGAACUUAAUCUGAGGAACAGCGAGAUCGAGGAACUGCAACAGAGACUGAGAAACACUAACUCCUCGGGCACUCCUGAGCACAGCCUCAGUCUACAGUCGGAGGCUCUCAAGUUGCGUGAACAACUAUUAUCGGUCAACAAGGAGCACCAGACAGAGAACAUCUUACUGAGAGAAAAGUACGAGGCCAGGUUGCAGGAGUGCCAGCAAGAAAUGGAAAAGUUAAAGGCCAGCAAUGAAAAAUACUCCCAUGAUGUCAGUGAGCUCCGGCAGAAGCUCCACCAAGCAACCAAGGAAAACAUGGAGAUGAUGGACAACUGGAAGAACAAAUUGGACACAUUGGUGUCUGACCACCAGAAAUCUCUCGAGGAACUUAAGGUUUCAUUAAUUUCAGGUACUGAUGUUCAGAACAGUGAGCUGUUGGAGCUCAGGGCCACCAUAGAAAGCCUAAAGAUGGAGCAUCAGCUUGAGUGGGAGAACCUAAAAGCCAAGCAUGAAAUUGAGAUGGCACUGCACCUAAAGGAAAAAGAGGAUUUCAAAGUCAAGCUGCAAGAAGCCAAGUGUGAACUGGAAGAAUGCAAUUCCAACUGGCGAAACAAAUUGGAGGUUACAACAAGUCAACACAGGCAAGAACUCCAGACAGCCAUCGAUCAGCUCCGAAACGCAGAGUUAAGGCUUAGUGAGCAGGAGAAACUUCAGCUUGGGUAUAAGGACCAAGCACAGGCUAUCGGCUUCUUAAAAGAGCAGAUCUCAGCGGCUGAGAGAAAAAUGCUGGAUUACGAGGCGCUCCAGAAGUCCGAGAUCAAACACAAGCAAGAGUAUAAAUUGCUACAGGAGAAGCUACAAGCAAUGGAAGCUCGGCACUCUUCCGAAGCUAUCGACAACAAUAACGUCUUGAAGGAGAAAAUGAAAAUGAAGCAAUCGAUAGAAGAUUUGUUAGACAAGCUCAGUAAAAGGGAAAAGGAUGUUUCUUCGAUGUCGUCGCAGAUCGAGUUAUUAAAAACCCAAAUUGUUGCUCUGGAACACAAGUCCAAAUCUUCCGAGAAAAAAGUUGACGCAACGACAAAGGAAAAAGUCAAACUGGAGAUGGAGCUGGAGGCCCUGACCCGCAAAUCCCACGAUGCUUCGGGUCAGCUGGUCCUCAUUAGUCAAGAGCUGCUGAAGAAGGAAAGGAAUCUAAACGAACUUCGCUCGUUGUUGCUGGAGACCAAUCGUCACUCCAGUGCAGGAGAAAAGGACCUCAGCCGGGAAGUGCACAAAGCUGAGUGGAGGCUGAAGGAACAGAAGCUACAAGAAGACAUCAAGGUCCUCCGAGAGAAACUAUAUGUUCUUGGUACUGAGAAGUACAAACCUGAUCAGAAACGGCGCCCCGUUUCUCUGCAGGACACUGAGACAGACACUGAGAUCUCCAAACUGCAGCAAAGGCUAGUUAACACCGAAGAGGCCUUGAGGAGUGCCCUGGAGCAGAACCAGCAGAUGGAGAAACUAAUGCAAGCCAUGCAGACACUGGAUAGUGCCAGUUCUGCGAAUGGGGUUCAUCAACGAAGUCAACUGGAAACUAUGACAGACAGCAGGUGCUUCAAGCAAGAGGAAUACUCGAGGUCACGUUCCCCCCAGCGCCAACAUGACUCCAGCCGAGCGAAGCAGCUAUUGGUGACGGAAAACAGAAGGAUAGAGAAGCUCUUCAAGGAAAUAGAAGAGAUGAGUGUUUGUGCUUCUCCUGAAUCGCUCCAAAUGAAAGGCUCCGGAGAUCCUCCUGGCAGACAAUCCACGUCAACUGAUCGGAACGAGACCACAGAAAAGGUCCAGCACUGAUGCAGGAGGCGUUUGCCGAUGGGACGAGUCAGUUUGCUCUGUGCUUUGUGCAGACGGCCAACAGCUGCUCCAGCCAGAAGCCCAGUGUGUUCUUUUACUGCUUUCCACCAGUGAUAGAGCUUGGAGUUUGAAGCCCUUGUGUCCAUCAUGUAGCCACAAUACAAGUGGAAAGGUGCCUCCAGAGCCAGCCAGUUGUCAAUAGGCAGUAUCCACCUAUAACACAACAAGCACCUAAAGCAGUCAACACUCACCUUCCUGCCCAAGUAUAAUGUCGCUCUAUUGUCCUGUUUACUGACCAUUUUUCUUGUUGUUUUGCUCACAAACAGAGCUUGAGCUUGAAGAAGGAUUUCUUUUGCUAAUGAGGAUAAUAAGUAGUGUUUAUUAAGAGGGCAAAACCACAUUGUACCCAUGUUCGUCAGGCCAGAGCUCAUUGUUCGUCUCCACAUUUUGAGUUGUUAUUCCUGUCCUGGAGGUGAUUCCCAUUGAUUUUAUUCCCAGGUUCUCUGAUCUUGGAGGAACAGCAAUCAAACGGAAUCGUGAGAGAACACCUUGCUGAUCAUCUCCAAACAGCACAUUAAACCCAGUCCAAUCUGACAUGCAGGAAAUAUCUCUCUGACUGCUGUUUCAGUGAAGAUUGUUUCACAGUGGGUAUAAUGUACAAACACAGGUAAUUAAUGUUAGUUAUUCAUGUGGGAACUUGGAUUUGAGGCACUUUGUUGGGAUGGUGUGGAGAGUGUCACUCACCACAUAACUCAUCACCUAUCGGAACAGCCCAGGGCUCUGCAACCAUUAUAGCACUUUGUGAAGUGAAGCCCCUAUUUGUACAAGCAAGGUCUUACAACAGCAAUGAGAGAAGUGACCAGAGGAUCCUUCUGUAGAUCUUGCAAACCUCCUGUCUUGAGGGCCACCUCUUCUGGCCUUGUUGCUGAUUUUAAUCUCUCCAGCUGAAGCCAUGGAGUCCGAGGCCCUCUUCUAGAAUUGCCUCCCCAAACAUCUCCAUCUCUUUCCAGCUUUAACAAGCUCCUUAAAGCCAAGUAUCUGCCCUAAUACCUCUUUCAGACUUUGCUUGACAGUGUUCUUAUUAUAUUAACAGCAUUAACUGCAAGUUGGUGCUGUCCACAAGGUAUUUUCUUCUGAGGUCACUUUUAAAUGGUUUACUAAUGAUCCAGAGCUGGUUUAAUGUUGUCCUCUACCCCUCCCCGUUCCCUGAAGCUGUUGAUCUUUUAUUCUUGUUUAUCAAUGUAGCCUAAUAUUUAUUUAAUCAACAGCACGAUUGCAACAAUCAGAGCAAUUAAUCCCCACACUACAUAAACUGACCAUUGCAUUCCUAUACAUGAGCUGACAAGUGUUUCUCUCAUUAUUCAAUAGGUAGACCAAGAAAUGCUUGUAUAACAAAGCCAAUUGUAAACCAACAAGUAAUAUCAUUUUACGUAUGAAUGUAUAAAAAAUAUAGUGACCUUUAAUUUAUUUCAAAAUGUUUCUCACAACAGGAAAAAUGUCACGGUGUAAUGCAUUAUCCACAUUAAUGAGCAAAUCUACAUAGCUUUCUGGAAAUUCUCUGAAAUUUAUUGGUGCAUAACUUACUUCCGGGCCUCUCCCAGUGUCUUCCACCCUGGGUCAUGCAAACAGUGUGCUGAAACAGGAAGCUGAAGGAGCCUGUGACCUGCUCCAGUGCUUUAUAGUCGGGGUUAGCCAGUCAGACAUCCCAAAACCUUAAGAGAAAAGAGAUUUAAGGUGCUGGAAUCUGGAAUAAAAGAACAGAACACCAGAAGAACUUAGCGAGUCAAGCAACAACUGUGGAGGCAAACAGUGUAAAUCAAUGUUUCGGGACUGGAGCAACACACACAAAAUAAAAUGCUGGAGGAACUCAGCAGGUCAGGCAGCAUCUAUGGAGGGGAAAUAAGCAGUCAACGUUUUGGGUCGAGACCCUUCAUUAGGACCCUUCAUCUGCAGGAUCUCUUGUGUUUCGGGGCUGGUGCAGAGCCUCGACCCAAAAUGUUGAAUACGCCUUUUUCCUCCAUAGAAGCUGUUUAACCUGCUGAGUUCUUCCAGCAUUCUGUUUUUAUCUCAAAACCUGAGUGUAUUUGGCAGUUUCAUCGAUACUAAACCAACAUCUUUACCCAACAGCUGAUGAUUUUACAAUAACUAUCAGUUGCUUCUUUGUCCGAGUGGAAUCCCACCCUCUUCAACUAUCAAAUGGAAGCUACUGCUUCAAGAAAGCUCUGAGUCCGUGUCAUUAAUCUGCUGGGCACUAACUAUCACUGCACAAGCAGGGGAUUGCACCUGAGCCUUCACUGGUCAGCUCUUCACUGGAUACUCCCACAAAGGAACACAGUAUCCAGGAGGAGGAAAUUCAACUUUCCAUUCAUUAGGCUCACGGUUCAUUAUUUUUCAGAUCCGGCUACCUUCUGUAAACCUUUUGCUGAAAGAUAUGUCCAUCCAUCUUUGAUUUGAAGUCUUUAUCUGAACUUCUACUUCACUGUUUCCUGUGUGAGGGAGUACAUGCUGAUAUCACUCCUGAAUGUCCCAGCUCUGAUUUUGAGGUGCUGAGCCCCUGACAGAGAAAAUAACUUCUGGCUAUCCUUCCAAGUCAUUCAAUCUUCUCAAGAAACCUCCAGAACUGCAGAUCCACAGUCCUGUAUAACUAGCUUAGUGCAACUGAAAAUCAUAUUUAAGCGUCAGCCUGACCCUGAGUCCAAUUAGAGCACUGACUAUAAAUUUGUCCCAAAUGAUUAAAACAUAUUUAGUUAUGUGAAAUCUUAUCCAUAAUUUAAAUCCUGAAUUCAGAUUUCCAUCUAUUUCCCAGAGGAAUCUAUCUUACAGUGAAUGAAUGGUGUGUAGAUUUAAUUUAAUAAUAAUAUAGAUGUAGGUUGAUUUUUAAGGUAUGAACAUUUGUUUUGCCUUUUCAGCCAAAAUGUGAAAUGUUAAAUAAAGUGCACUGAUCCCGGUAGACAUUGUAUAUGUUACGUUGGCAAGGUAACUAACUGUGGGGAAACAGCUGACAAAUUCCUUCAUGCCGUGCACAUGAUCUGUCCCACUUGAGCCACCUGUAUCCUGUCCUGUACCUGCCCACCACAUGGUACAACAUUUGAACAAACUGCUGAUAAUUAUCGAUAAUUUAAUAAUAACUGCAUUAUCCCUUGUGUCCAAAUGCUGUCUUUCUGUAAGUACACACACACACACGCAUGCACGCACGCACGCAUACACACUAUUAGCAUUAAAUGAUAUGUACACUGUAUAAUACCAGGGUGCACUGUGAUAGACCAGCUCUACAUAAUGUAACUACACCUGCUUCCAGGGUACGACAUGCACGUGCUGGCUCGCUGGGAGAGGCAAUGGAAACAAGCACAGGUUUGCUGAUUGUUGGUUCCUUGGCCUGUUGAUUUCACUCUGGGAUCCAAAAAGAAACUUAACAUGGUCUCCAAAGGUCAAUAGAAGAUACUGUGGCAUAGAAUGAAAUAUCUUGAGUUGUUUAAUAAACACCAAAAAAGCAAACAGUAUUGUACUAUUAGGAGCUAUGAACCACUGAGUCAGUUGUGCUUUGACAUAAAUGUAACCAUCUUUUUUCUAAAGUGUUUCACUGUGGAACUUUAUGAUGGUCAUUUUUUUUUUAAAAGAGGGUAUGAUGCCCUUCACAGCCCAUCACUCCAUUAGGGUCUUGCCGCACUUCACCUCUCUGACAGCAAAUUGGAUUAAUUAGACCAGGCAACGAGCCCUUGUGUCUCAAAGUAAGGCCUUUGCCUGCUCAGUUAGUUAGAGACACCAAGCUGGAAACCAUUCUAGCCUCCAGUUCAGUCCUGCCUCUCUGCACCUCACCCCACUCUGAGACAACGUCCAUCCCCAUUCUUGGUAUAAUUGCUUAGCUGCAGCUGGAAACUAGGCAGAUCAGGGGAUAGAGAUGGAGGCUUUGUCCUACCAUUCCAUGUGCUCCAAUCUGAAUUCUACUAAUUUAACAGAAGAUAGGUGCUGACUCUGUGUUCUGUACCCGAUCUGUAUAGCUGGCCUAUAUGCUACGAUUCAUUAUGUCAACCCCCCUCCCCAUACACAUUCUAGGAUUUUGAUCUUAAAUGGGCUUUAUAAUAGGAUUGCUUAACAGAACUCAUAUAAUGAAGCUUCCCCAAGGGAUCACAGCUCUCCUGUAAUAAAUGAAAGCAGUCUGCAGUUAGCAUUUUAUUCCUAGGUAAGUGUGUAGAUAACCAACCCAGCCUGUUGCUUCUGCCUUGUCACCUGGAGGACUUUUCAUGAAUCUAUGUGAUGGGACUAUUGCAGGAAUAAGUGGAGAUCAGUGGUGCGGUGCACUGUGGGAGUAUCCCUUAUCUCUACGUGGUAUGGCGAAGGUACAGAGCUUUUCCCCUAUCACAAUGCCACAGAGGAGAAAUGGAAUGAUCCUAUCAUACUCCAGUGCUUAUGAUGCAGGCUAUAGUCAGACCCGACAGAAUUCCCAUUGUUGUCUUAAUGUGUGGAGCUGGUUGUGAAUAUUUAAUCUUUAACACUCCGUUAUGGCUAAUACUCUACCCAUUACAGUAAACUGCAUGGAGAUGUACAUGUGUUAACCUUGUUUUCAAAAUAAAAUGAAUCCUGUUUUCCUUG